AUGGAUCUUUUUGCCCCUAAAGAAGGCAACACACCAGAAUAUGUUGGAUCAGGUAUGAGGCAUUAUACUGGACACUGGACAUUAGAAGGGGUGUCCCCUGAAAAAAAUGUUGUCCUGCACGCCUUACUCUCCUGCACCCACAUGUUUCCGGCGAUGGACCUCAGGCUCACGCAUGACAUCAGCCUUGAAGAGUUUGAAGAUGAAGACCUCUCGGAAAUCACUGAUGAGUGUGGAAUCAGCCUGCACUGUAAGGAUAGCUUGGCUUCACGGAGCCAUGUGAAUCUGCAGGCCAGUAGCGUUCUCGGAGUGGGCGGAGGAGAGGCGAGCCGUCUCCAGGCGGAGAUGCUCCAGCUCGACCUAAUUGAUGCGACUGGGGAAACCCCUGGUGAAGAAAGCUCGGCACCUGAGCUGAUUAAGAAGGACCCCCCACCAGUUACCAUGGAUACCUACAGACCCAAGCGACCCACAACUCUCAAUCUCUUCCCACAGGUGCCUCGGACACAGGACACUCUGAAUAACAACUCGCUGGGGAAAAAGCACAGUUGGCAGGAGAGAGUGUCCCGGUCGUCAUCCCCUCUGAAAACGGGUGAGCAGACCCCUCCUCAUGACCACGUUUGCCUGAGUGAUGAGGUCAAUCACCAAAACAGCACAACCUCCACCAAAGAUCGGGGCACGUCUACAGAGAGCCCGUGCCGGCGUACGGCUGCCACACAGAUCGCGACAGCCUGCAUUGCCUCCUCCCGUGCGCCUGAGAAGCAGCAGGCUGCCAACCGACCCCAACCACAGAACCCGACCAUUGUAGUAGUGACAAGGGGGCCAGAAGCCUAUCGGGACCGCAUUCGCUAUCAGACAGAUGUUAGGCUAGAAGCUACAGAGGAGAUAUACUUGACACCAGUACAAAAGAAUUCUGACCCCCUGGAGUCCGAGAAGCCAUUCAUGUCACAGUCCAGUGACAACCGGAUGUCUAUCAGCUCUGACAUAGACUCUUCCAGCUAUCCACAACUGGCAGGAAAACCCAACACCUCCAUCAGUGAGGAGGAUGAGGUGCUGGAUUACUUGUCCUCACCUGACAAGAUGAACGCACCAAGGACUGUGUAUGGUAGCAGCAGUGGCAGCUACCGGCCUUGCCACAGUGUCCAGAGGGCGUCCGUGAGCUCGGACACCAGUGCCCUCUCCUAUGAUUCAGUCAAAUACACGCUUGUGGUAGAUGAGGAUGUGCAGCUGGAACUCGUCAGCCUGAAGCAGUGUUACUCAGGUUACAGUGACGAGAGUGAUUCGGCCACCGUCUAUGACAACUGCGUCUCCUCACCCUAUGAAUCAGCCAUCGGGGAGGAGUACGAGGAGGAUGCUCUGAAACGGGACUCUGUUUGUCUCUCUGAGGACUCCACACCUGAGGCAGACAUCCAUUUCUCCAAGAAGUUCCUCAAUGUCUUCAUGAGUGGCCGGUCGCGCUCCUCCAGUGCUGAAUCCUUCGGGCUCUUCUCUUGUAUUAUCAAUGGGGAGGAGCAGGAGCAGACUCACCGAGCUGUCUUCAGGUUUGUGCCUCGUCAUGAAGAUGAACUGGAACUGGAGGUAGAUGACCCUUUGUUGGUGGAGGUACAGGCAGAAGAUUAUUGGUAUGAGGCUUAUAAUAUGAGGACAGGUGAUCGGGGCAUCUUCCCUGCUUACUAUGCUAUUGAGGUCACCAAGGAUCCAGAUCACAUGACAGAUUCGAGCAAGACCAAUGAUUGGGUGGAUCAGUUCCGGGUGAAAUUCCUUGGCUCAGUCCAGGUUCCAUAUCACAAAGGAAAUGACGUGCUGUGUGCUGCUAUGCAGAAGAUUGCCACUACUCGCCGCCUCACCGUGCACUUUAACCCACCCUCCAGCUGCGUCCUGGAAAUCAGCAUGAGAGGUGUCAAGAUUGCUGUGAAAAAUGAUGAUUCCAAGGAUCCCAGCAAGGGGAAUAAAUGUAGCCACUUUUUCCAGUUGAAGAAUAUUUCAUUCUGUGGAUACCACCCAAAGAACAACAAGUAUUUUGGGUUCAUCACAAAACACCCAGCGGACCACAGAUUUGCAUGCCAUGUCUUUGUGUCAGAGGAGUCAACCAAGCCACUUGCAGAGUCUGUAGGGAGGGCCUUCCAUCAGUUCUACAAGGAAUGCAUGGAAUACACGUGCCCCACAGAGGACAUCUACCUAGAGUAGGGGCAAGCCCAGCUCCCCCUCCCUCCUCCUCCUCCUCCUGUACAGACAAGGUCCAUCUCCCCAUUGUGCAUGGACAAGCUGCUUCAAGACCGAAGGAGGAGCGGGCAACGGAGACGAUGGUUUCCCUCCAUGUGUGGAGCCUCACCUCAUUCAGUGCUCCUCCUUUCCUUUUGUUGGGCUGAGGGGGUGGGGAGGGAUGGGGUUGGGUGGGCAGACAAAAAGGGGUUUAUUAUUUAACAAAGAUGCUCUUUCAUUUUAAUUGAAGAAAUGCACCACCAGCUGAAGCAGGUGCUGCUGCCACAGGCCUUUGAGGAGAGUAGAUAUGGGGCCCUGGAUCUGGGACAGCAGGCCUUCCUGUGCACAAGUCGGCUGACUUGGCCUACAAGCACAGAGACAGCUUCAGCAGUUUGCGGGGGUGCCGCUGUAUGCUGGGGACUGCCACAACAAACCCCGAGUUGUGGGUUUAAUUGGACAGAAUCAAGAAAGACUUGGUGGAGAAUUAGCAUGGAGAGAUAAUGGAAGUGGUGGCCCUAUUCCCUGGCUGAGAAGAGGGUAAGGAGCAAGCAAGGAGGAGAGGGGACAAACAACAGGAAAGGCUGUGAUGAAUGCUGCCCCCACAGGUGCCCAGGAGUAGAGUUACUCUGGCAUCCAAGCAUCUUGUCCUGUGUGCUAGCAAAAGAUCCAGGAGUAGUCGGAGAAACACUAGUGCCUGUCCCGAUUACAUUGAAGGAGAGGAGGGUUCAGCUGUGGAGAUAGGGAGAGUCCACGCCCUGUAAUCAGCUGUUGGCAAGAGCUCUGCCAGUUCUGGCCCUUGUUCUGUUCUCUCCUUUCUCCACCACCUCCACCACCACCACCACUCUCCAACUGCAGGUUCCAAGGUCAGAGAAGGAAUCUGAAUCCUGCAUGAAACAGAGAACCAGUUUCAAGAAGGCCGUUCUUCUGCAGUAGGGGCCUGAGAGGAGCUCCAGCCAUAAGCACAACAUUGAAUCAAGAAGGGCUAGGUUCCAUUGAGAAGUGAAGCUAGGAGAAGAGCGUGAGUGAUGAGGGGCUGCUAAGAGCUUCAAAGAGGUGUGCCUUUGCCUGCCCUCCCUCCCUCCCUCUGACCCCCAGGCAGGGGGGCUUUGUGCUUCUGCUGGAUCUGCUCCAACAGUAACAAUGAUUAAACAUUGAUGUUUCAAAGA